AUGGCGACCAAGCAACUAUCUGCGAUAGUUCAGGGACAGAAGAAUGAAGCAUUCGACGCAUCCAUGGGAAAUGAAGUCCAACUGGCAAAGCUCGGUUAUGAACAAGAGCUCAAGCGUUCCUUCAGCUUGAUUGGCAUGGUUGGCUUCAGCUUCUCCAUUGUCACCAGCUGGACUGCGCUGGGAGGCACACUGAUCGUCGGUAUUGUCGCUGGUGGUUCGGCGGUCAUGGUUUGGUCGUGGCUUGGAAUAUCUGUUCUUUCAUUGUGCGUCGCAUACUCUUUUGCUGAGAUGUGUUCUGCUUACCCGAUUGCUGGCGGUCAAUAUUCAUGGAUAUUCAUCAGCAAUUCAGAGACUACCGUGGUUGCGAUAUUGACACCUCCAAAAUAUGCAAGAGGAGCAGCGUGGGUGACCGGUUGGUUUAUGUGUACUGGUGCCGUGGCCAUGGGCGCCACGACCAAUUUCAUUGCAGCCAGCUUCCUCCUCGGCAUGGCCAACCUCAACAACCCAAGCUACACGAUCGAGCGCUGGCACUGCGUGCAGGUGACAUACCUCUUGGCCAUGUUCACAGCACUCAUCAACGUCUUCUAUUCGCGAUUUUUGAACCAUAUCUACACAUUCGCACUCGUGUUCAACGUCUUGUCGUUCUUUGUCGUCACGUUUACCAUCCUUGUCUGCAAGGACAACAAGCAACCCGCCAGCUUCAUCUUUAGCGAUUUCCAGAACGAGACAGGCUUCGAAAGUCCCGGUAUGGGUAUCAUGAUUGGGCUCUUGCAGUCGUUCUUUGGUGACCACAUGACAGAAGAGAUGCUCAAUCCAGCGAAAGAAGCGCCAAAAGCAAUCGUUCUCAGCGUGUACCUCGGCGCCGUGACGGGAUUCGCCUUCCUAGUAGCGGCGUUCUCCUGCGUUGGGGACCUGGAAACGACAGCGCUGACGUCCACGGGGGUGCCGCUGAUCCAGAUCUUCUACGACAGCACGAACAGCGUGUCAGUAGCGACAGGUCUCGCGGCCAUGAUCACCGUCAUCCUCAUCAUCGCCGCCAACAGCCUCAUGGCUGAGGGCUCACGCGCUCUAUGGGCUUUCGCACGUGACCACGGCCUUCCCUUUAGCAGUGUCUUUGCUAAAGUCAACAAGCGCAGCCACGUGCCCGUCUACUCGAUCAUCCUGUGUCAGAUGGGCUUGAAUAGCCUUUAUUUCGCCUUCUACACAGGCCUCGCCACCGUCAUCUCCAUCGCCACAUUUGGCUUCUACCUCUCGUACGCAAUGCCGCUGCUCAUGCGUCUGCUCAUGCGUCUGUGGAGCUACUUCAACGGCUCGAACCCUCAGUCGAGACAGAUGCCCGGUGCAUACACACUCGGCAGAUGGAGUCCGUUCAUGAAUGCCAUAGGAUUAGCGUUUCUGGUAUUCGCUGGAGUUGAUUUCAAUUUUCCACAGGUCGGGCCUGUCAAUGCCGAAAACAUGGACUACUGCAGCGCCGCAUUUGGUGUCAUCGGCCUCAUUAGCGUCGUGACUUGGAUCUUCGACGGAAAGAAGAGCUUCACAGGUCCACAGACAGAAUUUCUCGCUUGUAUCAAACUCGAAGAAAGGCUCAAAGCACGAGGUGCUGUGGGUUUUUCAAAAAUGUAG